AUGGAAAGUUUGUUUGUAAAGAAGACAACUCGUCGAUUCUCUGCCAUUUCUAUUGACCAAGUACACGAGCAAAAUAAUGCUCUUGUAAAGGGUGACGGUGGGGCUGUGGGUCUGACCGAGAAUCCUGCUGCUCUUCAUCGCUGGAUGGUGUCCGGUCCUGAGAUGGCUAGACUGAUCCAAGAGUUUGAGAUUUCCACCGACAAGAAGAAAACUACAGAUUUACGCCAUCACGAGGACACAGAACAUGCGCAGACUGCAUUUAACCGCGAUGUAUGUAGCUUAGUUAACACCAUUGACCAUUUUGGAAAUCCGUUCUGUGAAGAUAGCUGUGAUCUUCUUGUACUUGACAACAGGAAUAUUGCUGAGAAAGCCAUUGUUGAAAGUGUGUUUUAG